AUGGGUGACAACCACGCGCGCGAUGUCUCCCAGUACAAGUACUCGGCGAUGUCCAACCUGGUUCUCCAGGCGGACCGUCGUUUCAUUACUAGGAGAACCGACGAGGCCACGGGCGACCCCGAGUCGCUCGCAGGUCGCCUCAGUAUCCAGGACAUGGGCGGUCGUGUUGCGCGCGACACGGCGCCCAAACCAAAGAAAGCUACGGGCCCGUCGAUAGAGAGAGGAAAUGUGCAGGAAGGAGCAGACAUCCUGGCGCGAGAGCAGCGGAGGAAAGCUGGUCCGGCGCAAACCAGAGGUACCGGCAUUCUGGGUGCAGCUGACCUACUCGUCGAGGACCUUAGAUACCGACCACGGACGCCUGCGACCAGGCAGACGUAUGAAUUCAUAUUGACCAUUGCCGCGCGGCAUUUGGGCGACGUCCCGAACGAGGUCGUCGUAAGUGCUGCCGACGUCGUCCUGGAGUAUUUAAAGGACGAUGAUGUCAAGGAUAUCGACAAGAAGAAGGAAAUUGAUGAUAUUCUGGGAACGUCUCUGAACCCCAAGGACUUCAACGAGCUAGUCAACCUGGGCAAGAAGAUCACCGACUACGAUGCGCAGGACGACGAGGAGAUGGAAGAUGCCGGCGGUCUUGGCGAUGACGACGCAGAACUCGACGACCGUCAAGGUGUCGCUGUUGUUUUCGACGACGAGGAUGAAGAGGAUCAAAUGGUCAAUGAAGUCCGUGAAGACUCGUCCGAUGACGACGAAAACGACCAAGAGGAAAUGCCAGGGGUCGAGGGAGCUGACGGCGAAGCUGGCCCGGAUCGCGACGAGAACGCAGCAGGCCUCGCAGACGAAAAUGAGAUGGUGAUCGAUGGGGGUAAUGGCGCACAGGAGACCGGGCAAACCAAGGAACGGAACUGGAUACCGGCACGCGACAUCGAUAGAUAUUGGCUGCAACGAGAGAUCGGCAAAGUCUACCCGGAUGAACACAUACAACACGACAAGACUAGAUUGGCACUUCACAUUCUCUCGGGCGAGCCAGAUGAGGAAGGCGGCGAGGAGAGACAACUUCGCGAAAUUGAGAACGACCUGAUGGAGCUUUUUGAUUACGAACACCACGAGGUUGUGCAAAAGCUGAUUCAGAACCAAGAAAAGAUCGUUUGGCUUACGCGACUAGCCCAAGCUGAGAAUGACGAAGAUCGCGGUGUUAUUGAGCGCGAAAUGGCCUCUGAAGGCGUACGGUGGAUACUGGAUGAGCUGCGAGGCAAAAAGUCGAAUGCAGGCCAAAAGAAGAUGGAAAUCAAGAUGGACAUUGAUGUUCCUGCAUCAUUCACAAACGAGGCGGCGCCCAAAGUUGAGCGUGGUGAUGGUCAGCUUGUGGGAGGUUUACAGCCUCGGAAGCUCAUUAACCUGGAGAAUUUGAUCUUUGAUCAAGGUAACCAUCUCAUGACCAAUCCGAAAGUUAGACUUCCCGAGGGUUCGACGAAACGUACCUUCAAAGGCUACGAAGAGAUCCACGUACCAGCUCCGAAGAAGCGUAAUGACCCUUCAGAUCUGAACAUUCCGAUCACAGACAUGCCAGAGUGGGCAAGGCUGCCGUUCAGCUCGUCGGGCGCAAAGUCUCUGAACAAGAUUCAGUCAAAGUGUUAUCCAUCUGCCUUCCAGGAUGAUGGCAACAUGCUUAUUUGCGCUCCAACUGGUUCUGGAAAGACAAACGUUGCCAUGUUGACCAUUUUGCGAGAGAUUGGCAAGCACCGAGACCCCAACACUGGCGAGAUCGACCUGGAUUCUUUCAAGAUUGUGUACAUUGCCCCACUCAAAGCCCUUGUAUCCGAGCAGGUUGGCAAUUUCGGCAAACGUCUGGCUGAUUAUGGCAUUACCGUGUCUGAGCUGACGGGUGAUCGCCAGCUCACCAAGCAACAAAUCUCGGAAACGCAAAUCAUCGUUACUACGCCCGAGAAAUGGGAUGUCAUUACAAGAAAGGCCACUGAUCUCACGUACACGAACCUGGUGCGUUUGAUUGUUAUUGACGAAAUUCACUUGCUGCACGAUGAUCGUGGUCCCGUGCUUGAGAGCAUCGUUGGCAGGACGAUCAGGAAGACUGAGCAAACCGGAGAUCCCGUUCGGAUAGUCGGUUUGUCAGCCACACUACCAAACUACCGAGACGUGGCGAGCUUCCUCCGUGUGGAUGUCAAUAAGGAUCUAUUCCAUUUUGAUGGUUCUUAUCGUCCUUGCCCACUGAAGCAGGAGUUCAUUGGUGUUACAGACAGGAAGGCGAUCAAGCAACUCAAGACCAUGAAUGACAUUACUUACAACAAGGUCAUUGAGCAUGUUGGACAACACAAUAACCAAAUGUUGAUCUUCGUGCACUCCCGAAAAGAGACGGCGAAAACUGCCAAGUACGUUCGGGACAAGGCUCUAGAGAUGGAAACAAUCAAUCAGAUUAUCAGGCACGACUCUGGUUCUACGGAAGUCUUGAAAGAGGCCGCAGAGACUGCCACUGAUCAGGACCUAAAGGACCUCAUCCCUUAUGGCUUUGGUAUCCAUCAUGCUGGAAUGAGCCGCCUCGACCGACAAGAUGUUGAAGAUCUGUUUGAGAAGGGUUUGAUCCAGGUACUGGUUUGUACUGCCACUCUAGCUUGGGGUGUCAACUUGCCUGCCCACACUGUGAUUAUCAAGGGUACUUCGGUUUACUCCCCCGAAAAGGGCAGCUGGGUAGAAUUGAGCCCCCAAGAUGUGUUGCAGAUGCUUGGACGUGCCGGUAGACCUCAGUACGACACGUAUGGUGAGGGUAUCAUCAUCACGGCACAAAGUGAGAUGCAGUAUUAUCUGUCUCUUCUCAAUCAGCAACUACCCAUCGAGAGUCAAUUUGCAAGCAAGCUCAUAGACAACCUGAAUGCCGAAAUCGUUCUGGGCAACGUGCGGACACGAGACGAGGGUGUGGAGUGGCUUGGAUAUACUUACCUGUUUGUCCGAAUGCUUCGGUCUCCCGGUCUAUACAGCGUUGGCACCGACUAUGAAGACGACGAAGCUCUGGAGCAGAAGCGAGUGGAUCUCAUCCACUCAGCUGCCGCAGUCUUGAAAAAGACUAACUUGAUCACUUAUGAUGAGAAGACGGGCAAGAUGAAGGCCACAGAACUCGGACGCAUCGCAUCCCACUACUACAUCAGCCACGGGUCCAUGGAUACCUACAACAAGCUCAUUCAGCCAUCCAUUACGACAAUUGAGCUGUUUAGAGUGUUCUCUCAGAGUGCAGAGUUCAAGUACAUUCCGGUCAGAAACGACGAGAAAGUCGAGCUUGCGAAACUGCUUCAAAGGGUGCCAAUUCCUGUCAAGGAAAGCAUCGAGGAACCCAUGGCCAAGAUCAAUGUACUCCUUCAGGCAUAUAUUUCCCGCCUCAAACUCGAGGGCCUGGCGCUUAUGGCCGAUAUGGUCUAUGUUACGCAAUCUGCUGGUCGUAUUCUGCGCGCCAUCUUUGAGAUCACCAUGCAGAAGGGCUGGGCAAGUGUAUGCAAGACUGCUCUCGACUUGUGUAAAAUGGCGGAGAAGCGCAUGUGGCCUACAAUGACUCCUUUGCGCCAAUUUCCUCUGAAGCCCAACGAGCGACACAUUGUCGCAAAGGCCGAGAGAAUUGAUGUGCCAUGGAGCAGUUUCUUUGACCUCGACCCGCCUCGAAUGGGUCAGUUACUUGGAUUGCCGCGUGAUGGCAAAAAGGUGUGUGAACUUGUUUCCAAGUUCCCGCGUGUCGAGAUCCAAGCACAAGCACAGCCAAUGACCAGGUCUUUGCUGAGAGUCGAGCUGAGCAUUACUCCCAACUUUGAAUGGGACGAUGCGCUGCACGGCACUGCAGAAAGUUUCUGGAUCAUGGUUGAAGAUUGCGAUGGCGAGGAAGUCUUGUUUUAUGAUACAUUCCUACUGCGCAAGGACUAUGCGCUCUCCGAGUCCAACGAGCAUCUGGUCGAUUUCACCGUCCCAAUUACCGACCCCAUGCCGCCAAACUACUUCAUCUCCGUGAUAUCAGAUCGCUGGAUGCACUCAGAAACCAGGCUGCCAAUUUCCUUUCAAAAGCUCAUCCUGCCACAAAAGUUCCCUCCACACACUGAACUUCUUUCUCUUCAACCUCUACCCGUAGCAGCUCUGAAGGCAAAGGACUAUGCUCAUGUCUAUGAAGAUUGGGAGUACUUCAACAAGAUCCAAACGCAAACAUUCAACUCGCUCUACACGACGAAUGACAAUGUGUUUAUCGGUGCUCCUACUGGAAGCGGAAAGACUGUUUGCGCUGAAUUCGCCAUCCUAAGGCACUGGGCUCAACCAGAAUAUGGACGUGCCGUCUACAUUGCUCCCUUUCAAGAGCAGAUCGACGUCCGCCUCCAAGAUUGGCAAAAACGACUGGGCCAUCUCCGUGGUGGCAAGGAUAUAGUAAAGUUGACUGGCGAGACAGCGACUGAUCUCAAGCUCCUCGAAAAGGGAGAUCUGAUCUUAGCCACGCCAUCGCAGUGGGAUGUGCUGUCGAGGCAGUGGCAGCGACGAAAGAAUAUCCUGACGGUCGAGCUUUUCAUUGCUGAUGAGCUUCACCUACUCGGUGGUCAAGCUGGAUACAUCUAUGAGAUCAUUGUCUCGCGUAUGCAUUACAUCAGAACCCAAGCCGAACUUGACAUGCGAAUCAUUGGUCUCAGUGUUUCGUUGGCCGAUGCAAGAGAUCUUGCAGAGUGGAUUGAUGCCAAGAAGAAAGACACCUACAACUUCAGUCCCCAUGCUCGACCAGUACCGCUGGAGCUUCGAAUCCAGUCCUUUUCGAUUCCCCACUUCCCUUCUCUCAUGCUCGCCAUGGCAAAACCGACAUACCUGGCUAUCACUGAGAUGUCUGCUGGUCAACCAGCCAUGGUCUUUGUUCCCAGUCGAAAACAAACUCGAUCCACUGCCCGAGACAUCCUUGCCACAUGCCUAGCAGAUGACGAUGAAGACCGCUUCCUGCACGUUGACGUCGAACAGCUCCGACCUUUGCUUGAACGCAUCCAUGAAGAGGCUCUUGCAGAGGCACUGUCGCAUGGUGUUGGCUACUACCAUGAAGCUCUCAGCUUGAGUGACAAGAGAAUCGUGAAGCAUCUGUACAACCAGGGCGCCAUUCAAAUCCUUGUCGCUUCCCGCGAUGUUUGCUGGGAACUGGACUGUACAGCGCACCUCGUGGUCGUCAUGGGCACGCAAUACUUUGAAGGUCGUGAACAUCGCUACAUUGAUUACCCACUUAGCGAAGUUUUGCAGAUGUUUGGCAAGGCUCUGAAACCUUCAAGGGAGGGUAGGGCCCGCGGUGUGCUCAUGGUGCCGGGCACUCGCCGCGAGUACUUCAAGAAGUUCCUGAACGAGGCUUUGCCUGUGGAGUCCCAUCUUCAAAAUUACGUCCACGACGCCUUUGUCACCGAAGUCAGCACCAAGAUGAUUGAGUCUGGAGAGGAUGCAAUCAAUUGGACAACCUUUACAUACUUUUACCGUCGCCUGUUGGCCAACCCAAGCUACUACAGCUUGCCGAGCAAGGAUCCUGACGCGCUGAAUGCCUACCUCUCUGAUCUGGUAGAGUCUACUCUCAAGGAACUGACUGAAUCAAAGAUCAUCGACUUUGAUGAGGAUGAUGGCUCUGUUGCGCCGCAGAAUGCAGCAAUGAUUGCUGCAUACUAUAACAUUUCGUACAUCACCAUGCAGACAUUCCUGUUGUCGCUCAGUCAAAAGACUAAGCUGAAGGGCAUCUUGGAGAUUAUCACUUCGGCCACUGAAUUUGAAUCUAUCCAGAUCCGUCGCCACGAAGAAACUCUGCUCCGGCGCAUCUAUGAUCGGGUGCCUGUCAAGAUGGCGGAGCCUGUUUACGACUCACCACACUUCAAGGCAUUCGUUCUAUUGCAGGCUCACUUCUCGCGGAUGCAGUUGCCGAUUGAUCUUGCCAAAGAUCAGGAGAUUAUCAUCUCAAAGGUGCUCAGUCUCUUGAGCGCGACGGUUGACGUACUAUCCUCUGAAGGCUAUCUUAAUGCCAUGAAUGCCAUGGAAAUGUCGCAAAUGGUUGUCCAGGCCAUGUGGGACCGGGAUAGUCCCUUGAAGCAGAUUCCUCAUUUCACUCCAGACGUCGUCAAGGUGGCGAAUGAGUUCGAAAUCAAUGACAUCUAUGACUUUAUGGAGUCCAUGAACCCCGAGGAGAAUCCCAAUUACGCAACCCUUAUCAAGCGUCUGGGUCUGUCACAGAAGCAGUUGGCUGAAGCGGCGAACUUCACGAACAACAAGUAUCCAGAUAUAACGCUCAACUUUGAACCUGUGGACGAGGACGACAUUCGGGCAGGCGAACCGGCGUAUUUGAAUGUACAGAUUGACCGAGAGGUCGAAGAGGAUGAAGAAGUAGACACAACCGUACAUGCGCCGUUCUACCCAGCAAAGAAGCUGGAGAACUGGUGGCUGGUGGUUGGCGAAGAAAGCACCAAGACAUUGCUUGCCAUCAAGCGAGUGACGAUUGGACGACAACUAAAGGUCAAACUCGAAUACACUGUACCAACGCCCGGAAAGCAUGACCUCAAGCUUUUCUUGAUGAGCGACAGCUAUUCUGGCGUCGAUCAGGAGCCGGCCUUUUCUGUCACUGCUGGCGAGAGUAUGGACGUCGACGAUGACGAGGAGGAGGAGGAAGACGAAGAGUAA